AUGCAGGCGAAUGCAACGGCGCCGUUCCCCGUGUUGGUUCUCCUGCUGAAGACUCCCCCCGAGCAGAAGAAUUUCUUUCUUGGCUUCUUCACUUGCGGAGAAAUCAGGCUCCCAGACAUACAUUCAACAUCCAGUCGAUCUGAUAGCACUUGCUCUUGUGUCUUUCUCUCUCUCUUUCUCGCUCUCUCUCGCUCUCUCUCUCUCGCUCUCUCUGUGUCUUCUCUUUCCACCCCCGUUUAUUCAUCCCGCAAAACGGCUAGCGCCAUGUUGGACGUAGUCAUUGUUGGAGCCGGCAUCGCUGGCCUCUCGGCCGGUAUCUCUUUCCGCCGCGCGGGUCACCAGGUGCGCAUCUACGAGCGCUCCUCAUUGAGCGACGAGGUCGGCGCCGCCAUCAACGUGCCACCCAACACAUCGAGAUUCCUCACCCGAUGGGGUCUCGACCCGGAAGCUUCGGGCUUUGUCAAGGCCGGGCCUGUCCACUUCCAAGACCCCGUGACGAUGGAGAUCACGUCGACCGAGGCCAACACGGACAGCCUGGAGAUGUACGAUGCCGAGCUGUGGUUCGCGCACCGCGAGGAUCUGCACGAUACCCUCAAAAGGAUAGCGACCAGUCCCACGGGCCCGGGUAUUCCCGUCACCAUCCAUCCGAACUCGUGCGUUGUUGGAUACAACCCCGAACUGCCGGCCGUGCAAAUGCAGGAUGGCGAGGAGAUCCAAGCCGACUUGGUCGUGGGCGCGGAUGGCAUCCACUCCAUCGCAUGCGAGAUAGUUCUUGGCGAGAAGAACCCUCCUGUGCCGCCCGUCCACUACAACUCGUGUUAUCGGUUUUUAAUCCCCUCCGACGUCCUCGAGGAAAACCCCGAAACCAAGUUCUGGACCGAGGACGCGGACGGUCUCUUGCGCAUACUCCCCGACAACAAGGCUAGUAGAAGACUGGUAUCGUACCCGUGCCGCAGCAACACGGUUCACAACUUUAUCGGCAUAUUCUAUGACGAGGCUAUGAAGUCGGCUAGUCGUGAAGACUACCAGGCGAACAUCGAUAAAGCAGAAGUUGCCGAGCGGUUCGCUGGUUUCCAUCCAAGCUUGCUGGCAGUGAUCGAUAAAGCGACCGACAUUAAGCGAUGGCCGUUGUUGUACCGCUCGCCUCUGCCCACAUGGCGGAAAGGGAGAGUGGUUCUGGCUGGCGAUGCAGCGCAUCCAAUUUUGCCCCACCAAGGCCAAGGGGGUGCCAUGGGUCUCGAAGACGGACUAGCCCUGGGCGUCGUGAUGGCUGGGGCUUCAGAUGCCUCUGAUGUCGAAAAGCGCUUGGAAAUAUACGAGAAGCUUCGCAAAGCCCGCACCAGUGUGAUUCAACUGCUGAGCAACGUUGGACACGACGAGACGCAUCUCAUCGAAGAUGCCCUGCUAGAAUUCAUGUCCAAGGAGGAAAUACCAAAAACACCCAAGGAAUUCUUUACGCACAACUUUGACUACGACAUUGUGGACGAGGCUAUCAAGAUCAUGGAGGAGUACGACCCCUCGUUCCAUCUGCCCCACGACUUCUUCGAGGAUGACUCGUUCAACAUGACCCACAUCAGCGGAGAGCUGUCCAAGAUGAGUGGGUUCAUCAAGGUCGAGACGUGUAUCAGCGUCGAGACUGAGGAGGUGACGGCGUAGAAUAGAGGAGCAAAGGAGAAUGCAUAGGGCUAGCGAGGAUAUUUAGACGCGAAUUUCUUUUUGACGCCUGGAACAGACAGGACCGGCACACAGUUGCUUGUACAUGCUUACUAUGUUGAUAAGGAUGGCCAGAUCACGGAGGACAAAUUUCAAUAGAGUUUGGGUUUGACGGGAAGUCCUUAAACAAUACAUGGAAGAAGAGGUCUUCAAGAUUGCCAUCAUGCCAAUCUUAGGCAACCUUUCAAGGCAUGAUCUCUAUAGCAUCCGCGUAGGCAACU